AGCAUACUCCAGGCACUGUCGGUCUCCUGACAUUAAUCUUUCGUCUUUAACAAUAAUACCUCAAUUUUUACAAUAGAAAAGGAUCACAUUUCUAUGGUCUGUAAAAUCCCUUUUCACUGUGUUGUGGCUUUUGGAACAAUUUAACUGAUUUUGACUACUUUUGAUUUUGAGCAAAAGUUUAUCACCUAUCAUACAGUUCCAGAUUAUGUGGUACUUCCUCAGCUGUUCUAAGUGAAAAAAGGACGAGGUAUGACGACAGCUGGAGGCAAUGCAGACGGAAAGUUGAGGUGGCGCCUCCCUCUCACUUUCUGUUCCUUGUGUGUUGAACAGAUGGAAGGAGAAGAGGUUUUGAGGACGGUAGAAUGUCUGAGAGGGAGAUUGCUGGCAGAAAGGGCAGCUUCAAGAAAUGCUAAACAAGAAGCUGACCUAAUGGCAACCAAGUUGAUUGAAUUGGAGACUCGGCUGCAAGAGGAGACUAAAUCAAGAAAUAGAGCUGAAAAGAGGCUCAAAUUCCUGGUGAAGAAGCUCGAGUCUUUGGAGAUUUUCUAUGUUUCAGAUGAAUCAGAACAGUCCAGCUUCGUGGACAAAUGUGAAAUAUCAUCCGCAUCUUCUGCAGCUUCCACAAGCACCAAAACAGAAGACAAAGAAGCCUAUGCCAACCCAAAUUAUAAGAUUCAGAAUAUUCAAGAAUCGACAGAGAAUUCUUCAAAGUCCUGGUCCACUGUCGCAUCUCAAGAUUUGGAUCAAAAUGUUCCAAAAGUUAGUUCAUCCGCCUCUGAGAGUCGGCAAACUCCUGUUGCAGAUGAAGAAGAGAUUCAUAGCCACCCGGAACCCACAUCCAGGAAAUUUGAGACUGGAGAAUUAAGGGAAAAAGAACUAUCUCCAACAAAAAUAUGUCAGAAUUCUUCAGUUGAAGAACCCCAUUCAGCAAAAUCCCGUGAUUGUGUAUCCAGCCAAAAUGACAACAAAAUGAACAUGGAAAACGAUAGCUUGAAACUUUCAAACAAAGAGGAGGAGUUGUUCUUAAAUGGAGAGGUUGAUGAAGAGCAAGAUCAUUUCGUGGACGACUCAAUGGCAUUAGUUCCUGUGGAUUUGCCAAAUAAGCCAAGUCAGAAAAUUGAUCCGGCUGUCCUUGAUUCUACUGUAAAAGAAGUACUGAAUGCUCUAAGGCAUGCUAAGGAAAAGCUUCAGACUUCAAUGGAGAGAAGACGCAUGAUUAAAGUUGGCUAGACAAGUUCUUCUGUAUGUAACAUCGGUAUCAUCAUUAAUUUCCUUAUAGCCUUGAAAAAAAUUACCGUAUAUUCCAUAUAUAUUGCCUUCAUGGAUUUCGCAUUAUUCUGUGCGUGCAAAGGAAUAGUGUCUAAAGGAGAAUGCUGCUUGUGCUUUCCUACCAUCUAAUAAAACUGGCUCAAGGGUCCAAUUUGGAUUGGUGGAUUUAUUCA